GAGGGGCGGGGGUUUAUGAGGAGGCUCAGGGAGCGUUGGGGGCAGAUUUGCACUCAGGGCCACCUGAGGGCCUUGGCUGUCGCGUUCAGCUCUGUCCCCUGCCCUCGCAGGGACACGGUUGCCGUCCGGGAGUAGGCUCCUCUGUGUGGAGGGCUGGGUUGUCGGGAGAACACUUCUCUGGCGGCGCUCGGGCGAAGUGUGGCGAGGGCAGGGCUGGGGGUGGGGCCGGGUCGCCAGGGCGCCUGCGAGGGAAGCCCCCCGCCCCCCGCACCCCCCCACCCCCAGCGCACGUCCACACUGGCUGGCCGGACACUAAGAUGGCUGCCGUUGCCAUGACACCCAACCCUGUGCAGACCCUUCAGGAGGAGGCGGUGUGCGCCAUCUGCCUCGAUUACUUCACGGACCCCGUGUCCAUCGGCUGCGGGCACAACUUCUGCCGAGUGUGUGUGACCCAGCUGUGGGGCGGGGAGGACGAGGAGGACAGGGACGAGUUAGACCGGGAGGAGGAGGAGGAGGAGGAGGAUGGCGAGGAGGAGGAAGUGGAGGCCGUGGGGGCCGGCGGGGGCUGGGACACCCCCAUGCGGGACGAGGACUAUGAGGGCGACAUGGAGGAGGAGGUCGAGGAGGAAGAGGAGGGUGUGUUCUGGACCAGCGGCAUGGGCGGGUCCACCUGGGACAACAUGGACUACGUGUGGGAGGAGGAGGACGAGGAGGAAGACCUGGACUACUACUUGGGGGACAUGGAGGAGGACCUGAGGGAGGAGGAUGAGGAGGAGGUGCUGGAGGAGGACGAGGAAGAGGAGCUAGACCCCGUCACCCCGCUGCCCCCGCCUCCGGUCCCCCGGAGGUGCUUCACCUGCCCCCAGUGCCGAAAGAGCUUUCCCCGGCGGAGCUUCCGCCCCAACCUGCAGCUGGCCAACAUGGUCCAGGUGAUCCGGCAGAUGCACCCGACCCCGGGUCGCGUGAGUCGUGGGAACGAGCAAGGCAUCUGCCCCAAGCACCAAGAGGCCCUGAAACUCUUCUGUGAGGUGGACGAGGAGGCCAUCUGCGUGGUGUGCCGGGAGUCGAGGAGCCACAAGCAGCACAGCGUGGUGCCGUUGGAGGAGGUGGUGCAGGAGUACAAGGCCAAGCUGCAGGGGCACGUGGAACCACUGAGGAAGCACCUGGAGGCCGUGCAGAAGAUGAAGGCCAAGGAGGAGAGGCGGGUGACAGAGCUGAAGAGCCAGAUGAAGGCCGAGCUGGCCGCGGUGGCCUCCGAGUUUGGGCGGUUGACGCGGUUUCUGGCAGAAGAACAGGCAGGGCUGGAGCGGCGCCUCCGGGAGACGCACGAAGCCCAGCUGGGCCGCGCGGGCGCCGCUGCCAGCCGCCUUGCUGAGCAGGCUGCCCAGCUGAGCCGGCUGCUGGCCGAGGCCCAGGAGCGGAGCCAACAGGGAGGCCUGCGGCUGCUUCAGGACAUCAAGGAGACUUUCAAUAGGACCCGACUUUCUGCCUCCUGGACCCUCCUCUCCUCCCCCUCAGCUUCUGCGCUUCUCUUUGGGAAUACGAUGGUCCCACCCCCUGCCCGGUCCCCUCCCUCCAGGUGUGAAGAGGUGCAGCUGCAGCCCCCAGAGGUCUGGUCCCCUGACCCGUGCCAAGCCCAUAGCCAUGACUUCCUGACAGACGCCAUCGUGAGGAAAAUGAGCCGGAUGUUUUGUCAGGCCGCCCGAGUGGACCUGACGCUGGACCCCGACACGGCUCACCCUGCCCUGAUGCUGUCCCCUGACCGCCGGGGGGUCCGCCUGGCAGAGCGGCGGCAGGAGGUUGCUGACCAUCCCACGCGCUUCUCAGCUGACUGCUGCGUGCUGGGGGCCCAGGGCUUCCGCUCUGGCCGGCACUACUGGGAGGUAGAGGUGGGCGGGCGGCGGGGCUGGGCGGUGGGCGCUGCCCGCGAGUCGACCCAUCACAAGGAGAAGGUGGGCUCCGGGGGGUCCUCCGUGGGCAGCGGGGACGCCGGCUCCUCGCGCCACCACCACCGCCGCCGCCGGCUGCACCUGCCCCAGCAGCCCGUUCUCCAGCGCGAAGUGUGGUGCGUGGGCACCAACGGCAAACGCUACCAGGCGCAGAGCUCGACGGAGCAGACGCUGCUGAGCCCAAGCGAGAAGCCACGGCGCUUCGGCGUGUACCUGGACUAUGAGGCCGGGCGCCUGGGGUUCUACAACGCCGAGACUCUGGCCCACGUGCACACCUUCUCGGCGGCCUUUCUGGGCGAGCGCGUCUUCCCCUUCUUCCGCGUGCUCUCCAAGGGCACCCGCAUCAAGCUUUGCCCUUGAUCAGCCUGCCACCCGCAGGGGCCCCUCUGGCCGCGGCUGGAGGGGCGGGUGGUGGUGGAGGUGGCCCACGACUUUUGGGGCUCAGGCCCCUCCCUUUGUUUCUGUUACUGCGUUGCUUCCCGCUCCCCUUGAUCCCAGGCCCCUGCUUCUCCCUUUAGGAGCCUAAAGAACCCUCCUGGCCUCCAGCUCGGCCUUCUCUCACCUGCUCUGUCCAACAGGUCUGCAUGGGUCCCAGUAAUAACAGCUGCCUGGCCUGCCCCCCGCUGCCUGCCCAGCCCAGCCCAGCCCUGGGGUCUGAGUUGGGAGUAGGGGAAGUGGGGAGAUUGCAACCUUUCCUUAACUUCCUUCUCCCCACUCCUGUUCUUCAGCCUUUCUCAGUUCUGAGGCUGGAGGGUUUGGGCAAGACUCAUGUAAUGUUUUUCCAUUCCAGUUACCCUUUCUGGUGCAAAUUUUAGCUAAGGGAUUUGGAAGCUGUUUUGGGGAGGCAGGCUGGGGAAAAGGGUAGAGCUGGUAAGAGAAAUGUCUACUCUGCUGGGGAAUUAGGAGGAAUUCUAAACUUUCCUCCCAUCCCCAAUUUCUACCUCCAUAGACGGGCCAGAAUUUAGUUUCAGUCAGAGACCUGGAGUGGUCGACAUGAUUGAAACUACAUACAAUUACAUCACCCAAUAAAUUAUUUUCUCCCUCUUCCUUUUUUGCUGCACUCCCAUCUAGGAGCAUAGCUCACCCCACCCCACCCCUCCAGGUCUUUCACUGCCAGGCUCCUCCUUCCCCCUUUGUUUAAUGGAGUUGUUCAUGAAUUUCCAUCAGUUUCCAGCCUCUCUCCAUGCCUUCAGUUCCCUCCAUUUGACAAGCCCUGAUGGGGACCUGGGGACAGGGGCUUGGGUCCCCAGGAUGACAGCCUUGGGUAAAAUCUAUUUUUCUAGUAACCCCUUGCCUUCUGCCACUUAUCAGCUUUUGUCCUCUGCUUUGAUGGCUGAGGUUAAUUCAUGUUCUUGGGGAAAGGGAGCAGUGGGCUGUGUUGUGGAAAUGAAUAAAAGUUUAUUUGCUGCUU